AUGCACUGCAAAUAUUCGUAUGUUGGCAUAUGGAGCAUCACUAAUAGUGUAGAUGACUAUUUGAGAAUUGGUGAAACCACAAUACUAAAAUGUGUUGAUAAGUUUACAAGAGGUGUUAUUAGUGUAUUUGUGCCACAAUAUCUGCAAAAGCAAACUUUUGAAGACAUUGAGUGCCUGCUGCAAAUGGGAGAGGCAUGUGGCUUCCCAUGGCAGUAUGUUCGAGGUGAUCAUGGUAAGCCUACCGUUAUGCUUGAAGCAAUCGCUUCACAAGACUUAUGGAUCUCACAUGCCUUCUUUGGGGUAGCUAGUUCAAAUAAUAAUACCAAUGCAUUUAACCAAUUUGAUGUCUUUAACGAUGUUAUGCAAGGGAGAGCUCUUGAGGCUCAUUAUUCAGUUAAUGAUACUGAAUAUAACAUGGGUUAUUUUCUAUUAGAUGGAAUUUAUCCUAAGUGGCAUGGAUGUGGAUGUUUUAAUGAGUUGAUGCAUUAA